GUAGCCGACGACGGUUGAUGACAACAGCAGCAGCCGGUCCAGCCUCAAAGAUGAUGUACUAUUACUACAAUGUUGCCGUUUGUUUCCUGAUGCUCAUGUCGGCCAGACUUUUAACACAUCGAGUUGAUGCUCAUUCCAUCCAGCAUUCCGGUUCGACAAGUGACAGCAGCAGCGACGACGUCGACAAAAUUAUUGGUGGCCAACUGGUCAGGAUCGGAGAACACAAAUACAUGGCUUACGUUGUAUUCAAUGAUCAAUAUGUUGGCUGUGGCGGGACUUUGAUUAGCGACCGGCACGUUCUCACAGCGGCCCAUUGCCUCAUGGAUCCCGACACGGGGGUGGCGGAUGAUAAAGAGCAAGUCUACUUUAAUGUCUACACGGUGGAACCGAUGGAUUCGACUGCCAUCAAACGGAUCGUCUACAAAAGCGAUUUCAGGAUCCAUCCUCAAUAUAAUUACAAAGCUCCCGGAAAAGGCUAUGACAUUGCCAUUUUGAAAUUGAAUCCUCCACUCUCAAGUGUGGAAAUGUCCAAACUGGACAAAAUCCGCCUGGGAGACGACGACGAUUUGAGUUGGAUUCAAACAUUGGCCCUCGGAUGGGGUAAAACAACCGACGCUGAGAGUCCAGGAUCGCCCAAUUUCUCGCCCAACUUUAAGCAAACGAAAUUGAAGGUUCUGUCCCGGUCGGAAUGUCAGGCUCAAUGGGCAACUAAUUACAAUCACGACAUUCAACUCUGCACCGUUCCGUCAGACACCCAAAUUUGCACGGGUGACAGCGGUGGUCCGUUGCUGUGGCAGAAAUACGAAAAUAUCCCAGGCACUGCCCAGUUUAAUUGGGACAAAAUUUACGGGUACCAGGCCGGAUGAAUUGUCAGUUUCUCUACGGGUAACGGUGACAGCACAUCGGUGGUCAUCAAUCGCCGUAAAUAUUGGGUCGAAGUUUUUCGCAGCGUGUCGAUCCGUGCGACGAGAUGCGCCCAAGGCUCCGUCUUCACCCGAGUUCAGAGUUUCGUCAACAACGGAUGGAUCGCAGCUAACAUGAACUGAACCCCCCAAAAGAAAUAAAAACGAUAGGCCUUAUUCCGGAUCCACGCACAUUUCUUGGGAAAAAUAAAUUCAAACUGUCUGUCAGACAAAUCUAUAAUACCUGUAAGAAUAAAACGGGAUAAAAAGCUGGAAA